CAGCGCUAUGGCAGAUAGCAGCAAAUGGCACAGAGCUCUGCUGAGGAUUCCCCGCCGCCCGGGACUCAGAUACUGCGGCUCUUGCCAGGCGUGCCCUAUGCAUUGCUGUAUGCCCACUUGCAGUUGGCUUCUAGUCCUGUAGCAGCUGCUGCUAUACCCGAUGCAGAGUGCAGGGUGCUGCUGCUACUGCUGCUGGGGGAGGGAGAUCCGUCACUCACACGUGUGAUUUCCAGCGUCAGUGCUCUGCUGUGUGCUGUGAGCUGGGGAGAAGCAAGGAAUGCAGAGUAUAGGAUUCCCGGAUAUAUACUGCAGGCUUCUCCCAAGCCGGUGCAGCGCACACUUGUAGGCGAGGCGCUGCUGCAGAGCUGCUGAGUCUGCUCUGGCUCGUGUGAUGACCGGGGGUUGUGGUGUCCGCCGGAGACAGGGGGUGCUCCCCAGCCGCGAUGCCUGGCUACACAUGGUCAUGGACUCCCUGGAGCUGUGUGACUGCAGUGUAGCCGUGUGAUAGGCACUAGCAUGCUGCAGAGAUCUGCUGCUCUCAGAUGAUCCACACCACCACAUCUCAGCUCACCGGGAACGAUUCCCCCACAGCCCGCUGCUCCCUCUGUCUUCUGCCCCUGCCCACUACCAUGCCAGCAGCCGCCAGGAUGCAGCCAGAGCCUCUGCUGAUUGCCUCAUGCAGGAUGACUGUACGUGGGAGGGAGACCCAGGCGCAAUAAGACAGAUGAGAGAGCUGUAGAGAAGACUACAGCGCAUCGCACAGCACCUCAGGGGAAAGGCCCGUUGUGGAUUCCACUUUCAUUAUUACAGUGUUGGUAUUUUUUAUGGCCAGAUAGAGUAAUUCACCUCCUCCCUCCCCUACUCACUAGACCCCUGUUACCCUCCUCUUGAAAUAACUAUCUCCACCCACACACACUCAUACUAUUCCCUUGCUGGAAGAUCCCACGUCCGAUGAUACACAAUGAGCUUUGGCGGUAGACCCGUUUUGGAUGUAAGGGCCGAGGCUUAGAAGCUGCUGCUGGAGCCUCCAGGUUGGUCCAAUUGGUGCUUCUCGCCAUCUGCCCCCAGUGGCUGCUGCCGGCUCCUUUGCCCGUUAUGCCCGGAGGCAUGUGGUGCUCUCUGGCAGGAUGGCUCUUUCGGUUGAUUUCUGCUCCAGUCCUGGUGGCUGUUGUGUGCUGCGCCCAAAGUGUCAAUGAUCCUGGUAACAUGUCUUUUGUGAAAGAAACAGUGGACAAAUUGUUAAAAGGCUAUGAUAUCCGACUAAGACCAGACUUUGGAGGUUCUCCAGUUGCUGUUGGAAUGAAUAUAGAUAUUGCCAGCAUUGAUAUGGUCUCUGAAGUCAACAUGGAUUAUACUUUGACGAUGUAUUUUCAGCAAUACUGGAGGGACAAGAGGUUAGCCUAUACCGGAAUUCCUCUCAACCUUACUCUUGACAACCGAGUGGCAGAUCAACUAUGGGUUCCUGACACUUAUUUUCUAAAUGACAAAAAGUCUUUUGUACAUGGUGUUACAGUGAAAAACCGUAUGAUUCGCCUUCAUCCAGAUGGGACAGUUUUAUAUGGUCUAAGAAUAACAACAACAGCUGCAUGUAUGAUGGAUUUACGAAGAUAUCCACUGGAUGAGCAAAACUGUACUCUUGAAAUAGAAAGCUAUGGAUACACAACUGACGACAUUGAGUUUUAUUGGAGAGGGGGUGAUAAAGCUGUAACUGGUGUUGAGAGGAUUGAACUUCCUCAGUUUUCUAUAAUGGAUCACAAGUUGGUAUCUAAGAAUGUUGUAUUUGCAACAGGUUCCUAUCCUAGACUUUCCCUGAGCUUUAAGUUAAAAAGAAAUAUUGGAUACUUCAUACUUCAGACCUAUAUGCCAUCCAUAUUGAUUACUAUAUUAUCCUGGGUGUCAUUUUGGAUCAACUAUGAUGCAUCAGCAGCAAGAGUUGCCCUUGGAAUUACUACUGUUCUGACUAUGACAACUAUCAACACUCAUCUCCGAGAAACGUUACCCAAGAUCCCUUAUGUUAAAGCUAUUGAUAUGUAUUUGAUGGGAUGCUUUGUGUUUGUGUUUUUGGCCUUACUGGAAUAUGCAUUUGUCAACUAUAUAUUUUUUGGAAGAGGCCCACAAAUGCAGAAGAAGCUUGCAGAGAAGACAGCCAAAGCAAACAAUGAUCGCUCCAAAUUUGAAAGCAACAGGGUGGAUGCCCAUGGAAAUAUAUUGCUCACAACGCUAGAAAUCCACAAUGAAGUCACUGGGAAUGAAAUUACAACAAGUGUGACCGAUGUUCGAAAUUCAACAACAUCUUUUGACAACUCAGGAAUUCAGUACAGAAAACAAAGCGGAACUCGAGAUGGACUUGGGCGCCGAGCGAUGGACAGAACUACACCUCAUGGCAAGAAAAACCAUUUGAGGAGAAGAUCCUCACAGUUAAAAAUUAAAAUCCCAGACCUAACAGAUGUGAAUUCCAUAGACAGAUGGUCAAGAAUGAUUUUUCCUAUUACUUUUUCUCUCUUUAACCUAAUUUACUGGUUAUACUAUGUUAACUGACGAACAAUGCCUAUGACAAUAUUAAGAAGUCAAAGAAUAUCUAGGCUGGUGAUUGUAUGCAAUGAAAGAAUAAAAGUAUUCCCCUGCAUACACUACUCUGAUAUGAAUGUAUGUGCUCGCGGAUCUCAGCCCUCACACAUGUUCAUAUGAGUUGAGCAAAUAUAUUCUGCGGCUAUGGACAAUUUUUCAAGAAAAUGAUACAAGGACAAUUUUUAAGCUUUGGACAAUGCAGAUCUUCUUUGAAAGAAGGACAUGCCUUUGGGACUUUACACAUACUGCUUGAGAUACACAUUUAAUACUUUCUGAUAUGUCAAGAAUGGUAUAUUAACCAUAUGUUUUUUUUCUAUCCACAACUGUCAGAUCUACUACCAUGGUCAUUGGCACAGCUGCAAUGUGCUUCAUUUAACAAUGUUGCAUAUCAUGAACAUUUUUAUGACCACAUUUUGUUUGAGGGUCUUCUUUCUCUUUCAUGCUGAUGGACGCUCCUUAUUUUUUCCUCAUGUCAUUGACAUCUGUUUUGAUCACACAUGGUACUGAAAAUUGUGUUACGGCACAUAAUGAAAUACAGCUAUCGUUCACACCAACAUUGUUUGGGAAUAUGUGUGAAAGCACUGAAUCUUAACAGCUUUAUGUAUUCUCAUUUGUAUGUCCUACAAAUUUUACAGUACAGUAUAUUUUUCCAUGUAGACCAGUUGUAAUUGUCACUAGAAAUAUUGUAUUCCUUUCAGCCACAAUGUCUAAAAUACAGUGGAGGUCAUUAAUGAAAAAAAAAAUAGUGCUGUGAAAAAAUGUUUUUGUUGUGCUGUUGCUGUGCCUAUUAUGCGUGUAGAUGUUUCACCAACCUAUUUUGUCAUUAAUAACUUUUGAUCAAAUUUUGAGAGUCAAUUACCCUCGGAGAAAUUUAAAUUCUGAAAAAAUCUUGAGCUGUACAGUCUACAAAAACAAUGCAGACCAUAUUUUCUAUAAGCAUAACUGUCUUAAGAAAAGAUUCCCCUAAAGUGUUGAUAAAAUGUUUUUACUGCAUUGAGUUUUGGUGUGUUGGUCUCUUUUUCUAUUUCCUGCCCCUAGAUUGCUUUGAAGUUUAUUAAAAAUAUUGUACGUUUAGAGGGUUUUAAUAUGUAUCAAACCUCUAUGGUUUGUAAAAGUGAAAAACUCAGCACAAAGCACUGCACAUUAUUAAAAUUGUGACCACCCCUUGAAAAUACCAGUGUACUUCUCAUUUAGCUACUCAGGAAAGAAAGGAGACCACAAGAAAUUUUCUUUAACCAUGUUUAUUUUUCAGUUUAAGAAUUUUAAUACGUUUGCAGAAUUGUGCUCAUACCUUUAUAUUAUGCAACAGUAUGAAGCAAAGGAUGUAAUAUUUAAAUCUUGUUUUAAUAUAUUGUCCAAAAUAUCAAAGCUUGUUUUGAAUGUGAUUCAACAGCUUGAUUAGAUACUUAAAUGCAAUUAUUUAAUUUUAUGAGACGUACCUCUUUCUACCCCAAUUUUUCCCCUGACCAGAGCAAAAAUAGUACCUCUCCACUCCAAAAGAUGUUCUCUUACAGAGCAUAUUCAAUUGCAUAUCCAUAUAAAUAUAUAUGCAACUGGUGCAAACACACGUACCUUAUGUCACCAACAGCUAUGCUAUAUAUUUCCAGCAUUAUGUUGUUUCAUAAAUGACCCCCAGUGAUAUACAAGCACUGUAUUCAGAGCAGAAAGCUUACAGUAGACUAACAAAUCAAUUUAGUAGAGCGCGAUAGAGACUUAUGUAUAUAUAAUAUUGUUAUGUCAACAUAAGCAGUAAGUGCCAAUAAGGGCACAAACUGAAUUUGGCCCAACGUGUUUUAGAACAGAUUUUAUUCAGAUUGUUAAAAUGCUGAAAACCUAAGCAUCUCAGGAUAUUUGCUAUAUGAUAUCUUAAUGUAUUUUAUUAAAAAAUACAGUCAUCUCUUCAAGCAUUCUUAUUAUACUGCAUGUGACGUUAAGAUAUAUUUACAUAGAAUGCACAUAUAAAUAUAAUUUAUCAAUGUAUUUUCCUUUGUGCUUGCUAUUGUGACAGCAUGCCUUGUCAGAUUUUCUUUUGAUUAAUAUUUUAGAUAUAAAAUUACAAUUUUACAAUUACAAUGCUAGCACAUUUAGUCACUUAUAUACUUUUUCUUUAUACAUUAGUAUUAAUAACCCUCUCCAAUAUGUAGCAUGGUGUAAUCACAAAUGAUACUUUAGAGCACAAUAUAUCUACUUUAGGUACGACCGAUUUGUUUAAUAUGCAAAAACAUCAAAGAGAAACAUAAUUUACUUUUAUUAAAAACAUUUUCACACUCCCUCUCAAAAUAAAAAAUAUAUACAUUUUUUUAGGCUGAUGAUUAAGCUGCAUCAAUUUCUGAAACAUUAAUAUUAUUUACUUUUUAUCUAAUCUUGCUAUUUCUAAAAAGAAG